UACAAGUGAUCCAACUAAUACAUGGGGUGGUACGAAAUCCCCGUGUAACUAGGGUUCCAAAAACAUGGAUGUGUUUUUUAAAAACUGUGAUGUUGCGAGACGACGAUGAAAGAACCGUUGAGGUUGAAGCUUCUGGUAGCAACACGAAUCCGACAAAAUGACGAGCAAAGCCGCCACCACAUUUCUCUCCCGCAAAAACGAACUCGCCCAUCUUCACGACUCGUGUCUUCGGAUUCUCUCGAUCUGUAAUUCGAUCUCUUCGAGAGAAGGGUUACACAUUCACAGUCCGAUUAUUAAACUGGGUCUUCAAGGAACUCUCGAUCUCUGCAACAAUCUACUCCGUCUUUACUCGAAAUCGGAUUGCACCGGUAACGCCCGUAAAUUGUUCGAGGAAAUGCUCGAGAGGGAUGUGGUUUCAUGGACGGUGAUGAUCUCUGCAUAUACCAAAAGUCGACAACUUGGGUCAGCCCUUGAGGUGUUUGACGAGAUGUUGAUUUCAGGCAUUCGCCCGAAUGAGUUCACGUUCUCUUCUGUGUUACGGUCAUGUGCUGGUUUAGGACACCAUGAAUACGGAGCUCGUGUUCAUUGCUCUGUCGUGAAGAACGGGUUUGAGGUAAAUCCCGUUAUAUGCAGUGGCUUGAUUGAUUUCUACUCCAAGUGCGGGAAAUUGAAGGAAGCUCGUGAAUUGUUUGUAUCCGUUGAUAAUGGCGAUACCAUCUCGUGGACUACGAUGAUAUCUUCCAUGGUUGAAGCUCGGAAAUGGAGUGAUGCGCUGAAGCUUUACGUUGAUAUGAUUGAUUCUGGGAUUCCUCCGAAUGAGUUUACCUACGUUAAACUUCUUAACGCUUCUUCCUUUCUCGGUUUAGGUUAUGGAGAACUGCUUCAUGCCCACGUAAUAGUUCGAGGGGUAUUGCUAAAUGUGGUACUAAAGACAUCUCUUGUCGGUUUCUACUCUCGGUUCGGUAGAAUGGAAGAAGCUGUGCAGGUUUUGAAUUCGACCUGGGAUCGGGACCGGGACCAGGACCAGGAUGUGUUUCUUUGGACGUCUGUGGUAUCGGGUUUUGCGAGAAACUCGAGAUGCAAAGAAGCUGUUGCUACAUUCCAUGAGAUGCAAGUUUCGGGUUUUCCACCAAAUAACUUCACUUACUCUGCUUUGUUGAGCGUGUGUUCCUCGGUUCAGUCACUGGAUUUAGGCAAGCAGAUUCAUUCACAGACAGUUAAAGUUGCUCUGGAGGACAGUGUUGAUAUUGGAAAUUCACUCAUGAAUAUGUACAUGAAAUGCUCAUCAAUGGAAGAAGAUGCUUUGAGAGUGUUCAGGUCUAUGAGUUCACCAGAUGUCAUCUCUUGGACAACCUUAAUCUCAGGACUUGUGGAUCGUCAUGGGUUUGAGAGAGACUGUGUUUUACUGUUGAUGGAGAUGGUAAGACAAGGAGUACAACCCAAUGCUGUUACCCUCUCUUGCGUUCUUAGAGCCUGCAGCCAAGUCAAAUCAGUAAGUCAGGUUCUCGAGAUCCAUGGAUAUAUACUCAGAAGAAACUUAGACGGUGAGAUAAUAGUAGGGAAUUCUCUUGUCGACGUGUAUGCUAGCUCGGGUAAGGUGAAUUAUGCUUGGAAAGUAGCUACAAUGAUGGAGUAUAGGGAUAACAUCACUUAUACCAUCUUGGUUACGAGAUUCAACGAGUUGGGUAAGCAUGAAAUGGCACUAACCUUCCUUAAUCGAAUGCGUGAGGAAGGGAUCAAAAUGGAUCAGUUCAGUUUCCCUGGGUUUGUCUCUGCUUCAGCCAACUUGGGAGCUCUUGAAACUGGGAAACAUCUUCAUUGUUAUUCUGUAAAAGCCGGUUUUAGCAGUGGCAUGUCAGUUUCGAAUGCUCUCGUUGACAUGUAUGGAAAAUUCGGUUUCCUGGAAUGUGCAAAGAAAGCUUUCAAUGAGAUACCUGAGCCUGAUGUGGUUUCUUGGAACGGGUUGAUAUCUGGGUUGGCAUCAAACGGCUGCAUAGCUCCUGCUCUCUCCACUUUCGAGGAUAUGAGAUUGAAAGGAAUCCAGCCUGAUUCAGUAACUUUCUUGAUAUUGCUGUCUGCUUGCAUCAAUGGCAAAAUCACCGAAAUGGGUCUCGAGUAUUUCCGGUCCAUGACUGAGGUUCACAACAUCGAGCCACAGAUAGACCACUAUGCCCAUCUGCUAGAAAUUUUAGGCCGAGCUGGGCGGCUAGAGGAAGCAGCAGGAGUUCUGGAGAUGAUGCCAUUGAAGCCGAAUGCAUUAAUCUACAAAACGUUGUUGAGGGCUUGCAGAUUCCAUAUGAACUUGCCAUUAGGUGAAGAUAUGGCAAACAGAGGCAUAGCACUUGCCCCAUGUGAUCCAGCCUUCUACAUUCUUCUGGCAGACUUAUACGACGACUCUGGCAAGCCCGAUUUGGCCCAAAAGACUCGACACUUGAUGAAAGAGAUGGGUUUAAGCAAGAAGUCCAGCCAAAGCUCUGUGGAAAUUCGCGGGAAAGUUCACAACUUUGUCACCGGAGAUGUUGAAUCAGCUGAAACAGUGAAUGAGAUUCACAGAGAGAUAGAAUCCCUAAAGAGCAAGUUCAAAAGAGCAGGGUAUAGAUACCGUGAUAACGAAGAUGCCAGCUACCACAGUGCGAAACGAGCUGUGGCAUUUGGUCUUCUGAAUGCAUCUCCCAAGGCCGUGAUUUGCGUGGUCAAGAACAAAAGCCUGUGUAGAGACUGCCAUAAUUUCAUGUCCCUUGCAACACGGUUGCUCAAAAGGUCUAUAAUUGUAAGAGAUGGGAACAGGAUUCACACCUUUAAGAGUGGAGAGUGUUCUUGCAGAGAGGAAACAUCAUUUUUCUAAAUCAUGGAAAAGUAAGGAAGAUAAAAUUGGAUAAAGUGUAUGAUGCCCCAUUGAUCAAUUCGAAGAUUAUUAGCACUUCAACGCUGUCCAUGGAAGAACAACUCCGGAUCAAAGCUAGAAAACAGCUGAGGUUACACGAGAAAACAAAUGUUAACUUUCGAAGACGAAGUAAAACAACAAAAUGAACAUACCAAAAUCACGCGAAAAUGGGUAAAAAAUGAAACGAAGAAGAAGAAGAAGAAGAAG